AUGACUGGACCAUACAAGCUCUUCUACAAAGGACAAAGCAAGGAUUUCGUUGUUUUCAUUGACGACAAGGAUGCCUACGAGAAAUAUGCUCAUAAGAACGAUCACUCUAUACCAUUAACUGAUGUGGUGUCCAAUUUUGAUAUCUACACCAACCAGAUGGGUCAAGGAUCAUCCGGAAAACUAGAGAAGGCAUCGCAGACAGACCUUAGCCUGGAGUUCGGCGAGGUCAAACACGCGGAGGACGUGCUACCAACAAUCUUGCAAAAAGGAGAGAUCCUAAACAGCACAGGCGUAGAUCACAAAAAGUGGUCUUCCACGAAUGACUCGAAUGGCUUCAACGCAAGAUAG